UUAGUUUUUUUUGCCCUAUUGCCAUAAAUCAAAACCAGAGUACUUAACAUCAGAAGAACCAAUAUUUUUUGAAAGCGAAAAGUGGGAAAAUUGUUCCCUAUUUGUCUUGGUGGAGAAAUCUAGACUUGAUCAGCUGUUUGAAAGAAAGAGCAUGGCGAUUGUUGUGAAACCGCUGUCAAAAAUUCAAACAUCAAUCACAAGAAGUGAUGUAAAAAAUCUGUAAAAACAUCCAAAAAAAGCAAAUCAUGGAACAAGUGCGAUUAUUAGUACAGGAACAAGGACGUGAAGCUAGGAAUCUCCUCACCUUUAACAUUUCUGCUUUCAACGAUACUAGCUUUGGAAGCAAAGUCUCACGGAAGCCCCCGUGUUCACCAAGGGCUUCCGAGUCGCAACAAAGCGGAAAACUCAGUCUUGGAGUGCGGGGGCGAACGGGGGCUAGAGUGCGCUCUGCCUCCACUGGAAGGGACAAGAGGUCGGAGCUGAGGGCCAGAUACUGGGCCUUGCUGUUUGGGAAUUUGCAAAGAUCUAUCGCUGAAAUUUACAAUACGGUGGAAACACAUGAAAGUAUUACCGAAUGCCAAGAAGUAUUAUUAGUUUUAGAGAAUUACUUGCGUGAUUUUAACGCACUAGCGGAUUGGUUUCGCCUAAAAUGGGAUUAUGAAAAUACUCCACCUUUACAAAGACCAACAUCUCUCACUUGGGACAUUUGUAAAACGAAUUUAUCGAAAAGUAAUAACAGAUCUGGUAAAUCGAGUCCUAAUCUCGCUUCUGGACGUAAUAGUCCUAACGUUUCUGGAAAAAUUAGUCCUCGAAUUUUAACGAAUAAAAUUAAAAAUUCGGCUUCGGCUCCCACAAGUCCACUUCCUACAAUCGACCAACCAAUAAUCGAAGGAAAAGUUAUAGAAACACUUGCAUCACCUAAAAGUGUGGACACUCAAACGUCACCCGAAUAUUUGGAAGAAGCGAAAGUCGAGACAAAAGCCGUUGAAAGUCAGACCGAACAAUUGGUUAAAUCUCCACUGACUAAACGAAAAACAGAAAUCAAGGUUUCGGAGGUUAAACCAAAACCUGUUCCUAAACCAAAAGACGCAAAAUCGAAUGUUCCAUUGGUUAAAAAGGAAACUAAAACCGUCAAACCUAAAAUUGACACAAACAACAAACCGAAAACCCAAUUCAAGAAAAGUACAGAAGAUGUAACACAAGAAGACACAAACUCGAAUCAAACAGCUGAGAAAAGUACCAAUACUGAAGACUUUCCCAAGUUACCACCAGUUAAAAAACCGGCCAAAAUCAACCAAGAAUCUCAAACUGAAGAAAUCGAGAAGAAACUUAACAAAACUACUAAAAUCGAAACGGUUAAAACUACGAAACCUGUCACCACAACCACACGGCCUGCUUAUUCAACUGCUUUAACCAAAAGUUUUUCCGCAAAGGCUGUACCAACUGUUAAACCCAAAGUUGAGACUAGACCUGUGGUUAAACCAGCGGUUCGGUUAACUAAACCGGUGGUUAGUGCUCGCACUGCUAAUCCAACUAGAAGUGGUUUAGCACGUAGCAAAACCGUUGGCGAUAUGAAGAGUGUGAAACUAGAACAGAGAUCGAAAAUUGCACCAAAAGUGGCAAAUACGUCCAAGUUUAACAAAACAACCAAACCGCCGGUUUUAACCAAAAGCAAAACCACCUUAACUAGAGAACAUUUGAACAAAUCUAUGUCGUUUAAUGACUAUGCCAGUUCUGUAGAAACUCUCGUAAAUCAAGGGACUAUUGUUACAAAUUCAAGUAAUAGCAUUGCGAGUUCUUCGGAAACUCUUAAUAAUGAUAAUAAAAAUGAUCAAUUGUCUGACGGUUGGUUGACUGUUAAAACACGUUCAAGAUUCAAAAACAGUAAUAAUCGGUCAAGACGUUCCGAUACUGCCCUAACUUGGGCAACAAGGUUUCAUCAAGUUAGCGCGACUGCAAGUCUACCAGCUUUAGCCCUGUUGCCUGAAAAUAACGAAGUGAAUAAAACACCCAAAUGUAUCGAUAAAAGUGUCAAAGAAAAUCUCAACACUUUCAAGUCUUUGAAGGAUCAAGGGAGGACUCCGUUACGGCGUUCGCACACAACAUUGAGUCGAAUGACAGUGUCGAAAAGUUCCGUUUCUGAGAAAAACAAGACGAAUUUACAUAUCAAGAAAACAGCGGAAGAAAGACGCAUGAAAGUGUCCGAUAUUGAUUCGGAAACGGACGAUGAAACAAAGUUCAAAGACCUUCAGGAGGAUUCAGCCACUGAAGAAGAACACCGGAAGAAAGCGAAACAAUUAUCGGAGGAAGAGGAUCGUCUGACUAAAGAAAUUGAGCAGCUGAAGUGUCUGGAAAUUGAAGUUGAUACAGAGACGGAAACCGAUGGCGAAUUGCAAGGUGAUAGUGACGAUGUCCCGAUUGAACCAACCAAUGAAGACGACUAUUCCAUGUCUUUGGAAGCUCGCUAUGAACCAAUGUUGGCUGGAAUGUCUUGGAGUGACCGCAUUGAUACUUUAGCCGCUUUGGAAGACUUGAAUGCCAGACAUCCAGGACGUGCUCUAGUGUUACACCAGAAAUUAUCAAACCCUGCACGUAAAGUAAGCCUUGCUGAAGCUUUACGCAAGUAUCAAGUGAAGCAAGCACGUGCUGAACAACGACGUCAAGAGUUACAACAGGAGAAGGCACAAAAACUUCACGCACUUUUGUGUCGUGUCGAAGACGUCAAAGCCGCCAAAUUGCAAUUAAUCGAAGACAAGAGAAAACGAAUGGAAUCUCGGAUGCAGAAAGCGACGCAAAAUCGCCGCCGUUACAUCAAGGACAUCAUCAAGAAAGCACACGAUGAAGAAGAGAAGUUGAAAGAAAUCGCAUUCAUUAACGAACUCGAAGCGCAAAACAAACGACACGAUUUUCUCCAAUCGUGUCGUGAGCAACGUGGUCGCAUCCAAUGCAUUAAGGAAGAUAGACGUAAACGAUUGGAGGAGAAAGCAGCAAAGGAAGCAGCUGUGGAGGAACGACGUAAAGCACUAGAACGGGAACGUAAAGAGAGAUUGGAUCGUUUGAAGGACGAGAGAAGGCAAAGGGAUGAAAGAAUCGGACAGCAACAACAACAAAGGGAGAGGGAACGACAGGAGUUGGCAAGGGAGAAAGCGAGAGAUCGUGAGGAACGCUUAUCAGCGCUUCAUGCACAACAAUUGGCUUCGACUCAAGAGUUGCAAAAAAGGAUCGAACAGAAGCAGGAAGAGUCGAAGAGACGACAUGAGGAAAAUAUGGAACAGAUCAGGCAAAAGGCGUUGGAGUUGUCCAUCCAUCGGUGUCAUAAUGAGGAUAAUCAGGCGCCGAAUAGUACGCCCUAUCCCACCCAGAAGUUUUGUACAACGUGUAACACUUUGAUCAAAUCAGAGGUUUACUUAAUGAGCCAUCUCCGUGGCCGCGCGCACCAGGAGGCCGUAAAACAGGCAAAUCCUGGCCAGACUAUUCUAACAACCAAUGAAUUAGAGCAGUACAAUUUGAAACAAAUUGUUGACGCACCGGCCGGUAAAGAAGAUCCGAAAGAUGUGGCGGCUAAAGAACGUGGUAGAGCCCAUCGUAAACGAUGUAAAAAAAUUAGACAACGCAUGGUAAUGAAAGGUGCAGAAUUUGAAACUUCGUACAAACCGACCAAUGUCGAAUGUGCUAAUAAACGAAGUUUAAAUCGGAAUAUUAAUACUCUCGGUAGUAUUACAAAUCAAGCUAGUCAAGGGUUGUCUCCGACCAGUUCUAGUCAAUUGGAUCGAAUCCUCAACGAACUUAAUAGAUCGUUGAGUAAAGGGAGUGAUAAUGAUUUGAUUGUGUUUCAAAAUGUUGGCGGGUUUACCGUUUUGGGUAAAUUGCUUUCGAUGGGUCAAGAUACCACGAUUUCGUCCAUUUCGACCAAGACUUUGAUUACGUGUUGCAAUUUGUGGCAAAUUGUCUGUAAAGGAUCAGGGAGUGGAUCAGCUAAUUGCGAAUACAUUGUUAUGUCCAAUCGGCUCACACCCGCCAUUGAUCUACUCAACACUAAAUUACAGGGUUUGGGUUGUUCAGAGGAUUUGCCACCGACUGAUAGUCUUUGUACGGCUUUGAUGCAGCUUUUGGCCACGGUUUUGAGAAAUACGCCGAAAAGUGUCCCAGCACAUCGGUUUCACGACAUAGUAAGCUUUUGCGUGUGCGUCGGAAUCGUCGAACAAUUGGCCCAAUGCUGUUUGGCGGUGAGAGGCCCCGUCCAUGACGUCCCUCCAGCUUGUGUCUUCCUCCUUGCUGCCUUGGAGUUUCUAGCUGCUCUUGCUGAUUGCUGUCCAGAGGAUGCAGAUCCCACACAUUUAGUAAGUACUUUACACGGUACUGAACUAUUGGGGGCCGUGUCAAUGCUGUACGGCACAUUGCUACCCCCAGAUUCUUCCCCACGUGUCGAAGGCCAAUCUCCUCCCAUCAUUCCUGACCCUUGUCUCUAUUUGGCCACUGCAACUUUCCGACUUCUUCGUCGAAUCGCCGAAUUGGACUUAAUUAAGUUUCAGGAAGCACUUGGUGCCGAGGGUAUUUCCUUGCAGUUUCGUCAUAUUGCAAGUCACUUAAUUUGGUGCUGUGCACUUCCGACAACGUCUCCAAGAAGCAAAGACAACAGUGAGAUUCAUCAAGAGCUGCUUCACGAAGUGAUUGCCGUUACUGGUUACUUUGCUGUGGAAAAUAAUGAGAAUCAGAUGUUGCUAGUGAGUGGGCAACCUCCUUCUGUUCUGCAACAGCUUUGUUCGUUGCCAUUUCCUUAUUUCUCAGUGGAGGGGCUUUCGAACGUUCUGUAUCCAACUUUGCUGGCUUGCUGCGUUCGAAACGAACACACCACUGCAAUUCUAAAGCAGGAACUUUCCUACGAUAUUUUGGAGGAUUUUCGGAAAUCAACAACAGGGCAACAACAUCGGCUGGUUAAACUUUUAAAUAAAAAUCACGCUUAAAAGUUGUAACGUGCAAUUUAAUUAAGUCGAUUCCAUUAGUCAUUAAACUAACUUAUGUCUAACAGCGUACUGAUUUUUAAUAUAAUGUGGCACUUAAAAAUCUUCACUUUGUUUAGUUUUGAUGUGAUGUAACGUUUUGAGAGAUUAUUAUGUGAUCGUGAUGGUAAUUAAUUAACACACUUUAAUUAUGUGUAGCUUUUCUAUAUAAUAAAGUAGCGAGAGAAAUUAAAUAAAUAAAAUUUUAUUGA